UAUUUCCCUUCACCUUUUGCCCUCUCCCUCUCUAACAAUGUCAGAUCGAAGGAGAGAGAAGCUCCGAGACCGUGACCAUCGCGAUCGAGAUCGCGAUCGCGAACGAGACCGAGAACGCGACCGCAGCAUCGCCAGAGCCCAGAGCCGUGACCGCGACCGCGACCGCCGACCGCGACCGGCACCACGCAAGCGCUCCGCUCACCGACCGCGCCAACACCGCUCUGCGCACCAGAAAAAACUCCCACCCCGACGCGGCGUCCACCGCCGCCACUCACACCGCCGCUCCCAUCCGACCCCACCGCACCGCCGCAAGCGCCCGCGAGAGGAGAGCGAGGAGGCGAAGGAGUCAAGAGAAGAGGGAGUGCCACGAGUGCGCGAGGCGAAGGACGACGGGAAACUGUUGGGGAUGGCGGCGGGAGCCACUGAUGUCGAUGCGAAGAGAUGGCAGAUGAUGAAGAUGCUUGGGAUCCCGCUAGGAUUUGAUUCGACGAAGGGGGCCGGCUGCCUGAUGCCUAUACUCCUCCUCCACCCCCCCCGACCCCAACCCACCCGCGCAAGACGCAAGCGCCGGCGAGAGGAGAGCGAGGAGGCGAAGGAGUCCAAGAAGAAGCAGGGAGUGCCCACCGACGGCGCGAAGGCGAAGGACGACGGGGAAACUGUUGGGGAUGGGGCGGAGCCCACUGAUGUCGAUGCGAAUGAGAUGGAGAUGAUGAAGAUGCUUGGGAUCCCGCUAGGGUUUGAUUCGACGAAGGGGAAGCCGGUGCCUGAUGCUAACGUGAGCGGGGUUAGGGUUGUGACCAAGAGGCAGCCGAGGCAGUACAUGAAUCGGAGGGGUGGGUUCAAUCGGCCGUUGCCACCGGAGAGGAAUCGCUAGUCUGUUUGGAUUGCUGAUGAAAUUGAUGAACAGGAGCAUGGAGUUUUAUGGCAUCAUGAGAUUAGCGCUGGAAAUGUGGGAGGCCCUUAGCACGAACGGAUCAUGCUUCUAUUGAUCAUGUAACUGAAUAUGGCUUCUCUUAGAUAUAUAUGCCACUAAAAUGAGACUUGUUUAGAUGUUCUGUUUUACUUUGUGUUUUCCCCUUUCUCUGUUGGCCUUCCAGGUCAAUAGAAAUGCUGCAAAUAUUUUGAGAACUUUCAGUUUGCCAUGCCUUGUAUCUUCAAAUCAUUUGUCUUUAUUUUCCAGAAUGCAAACCCUGUGUGAACCAUCAGGUAAAGAAAUCUCCGAUGUUCAAUUAUCUGAAUUCCAACAGCUUGCAUCAUGUUGGAGUUGACUCAGCCAAAUUUUCUUUCACUUUUGUUAGAAGAUUAACCGGCUUGAAUAAGUUCUUUUACCCCAUCAUAAUGGAAACAUGCUUAAAUAUGAUUUUUUUUUUCAGUU